AUUAUGCAUCAUAGAUUCAUCAGAGAUUCAUUUUGGGGCAGACUCGCAUAUCACCUCUCGGGCCAUAAACUUUUAAACCACAAAGAGGAUAGACCAGAUUAUGUUAUACCCGAAAAAUAUCUUCCCGGAUAUCAAAGUAAAGCUGCUGAAAUAGUGGUAGAAGAGGAACGGAAUGGCGAAUCAUCUUCUAUUUCAUCGGGAGAAGGGAAAGAAGUCGAGAAAAUUAACGAACAAAUUAUAGUGGGCUGGGAUGGUGACGAUGAUCCUGAAAAUCCAUAUAAUUGGCCAUUGUACCAAAAGGUGUUCUUUGUUUUCGAAAUUGCCUUCUUGACUACAUCUGUUUACAUGGGUUCAGCUAUCUACACACCAGGAAUUGAGCAAAUCAUGGAAGAAUGGGGAAUUGGAAGAGUACGUGCUACUUUACCACUUACUCUUUUUGUUAUUGGAUAUGGUAUUGGACCAAUGGUUUUGUCCCCCUUAUCAGAGAAUGCCGUCUUUGGUAGAACUAAUAUUUACAUUAUCACACUUUUCAUAUUCUUCAUCUUGCAGAUUCCAACUGCAUUGGCACCAAACAUUGCUUCGUUGUGUGUACUUCGGUUCCUUAGUGGGUUUUUCGCUUCUCCAGCAUUGGCCACUGGUGGUGCAUCGGUGGGUGAUGUGAUAUCCUUGCCAUAUAUCCCAGUUGGAAUUGCCAUUUGGUCGAUUGCUGCAGUCUGUGGUCCUUCUUUGGGUCCUUUGAUUGGGUCAGUGUUUGCCCAAUUAAUCGGAUGGAGAUGGACUUUUUGGUUCAUGCUUAUUAUUUCCGGUGCUUGUUUCUUGGUACUUGGAUUCUUCUUACCAGAAACUUACCUGCAAACUUUACUUUACAGAAAGGCUAAGAGAUUAAGAGCUGUCACUGGAAAUCAAAAUAUCACUAGUGAAGGUGAAAUUGCAAAUCUGAAGUUGACUACCAGAGAAGUUGUAAUUGAUAUCUUAUGGAGACCUUUUGAAAUCACAAUCUUUGAACCUGUUGUAUUGUUAAUCAACAUUUACAUCGCAUUGAUCUACUCCAUCAUGUAUCUUUGGUUUGAAGCUUUCCCUAUUGUUUUGGUUGGAACUUAUCACUUCAAUUUAAUCGAAAUGGGUGUGAGUUACGUUGGUAUUAUGAUUGGUAUCUUAUUGGGUGCUCUCAUUUACGUUCCAAUUAUCUACCAAAAGUUUACAAAGAAGAUGCUCGCAGGUGCUGAAGUUACACCAGAAGUUUUCCUCCCUAUGGCUAUUUUUGGCUCAGUUCUCAUGCCUAUUGGUAUUCUUAUCUUUGGUUGGUCGGCAAGUCCAGACACUCAUUGGAUUGGUGCCAUUAUUGGAACCGUCAUAUUUGCCAUGGGAGCUUUCUGUGUAUUCCAGACUUUGUUUAACUAUCUUUCUAUGUCUUUCUGGAGAUAUUUAGCCUCUGUUUUUGCUGGUAAUGAUUUAUUCAGAUCAGUUACAGCAGGUGCAUUCCCAUUAUUUGGGGCUCCUUUAUUCGAAAACUUAGGAUCUGAAAAAUUCCCUGUUGGUUGGGGUAGUACUUUAUUGGCUUUGAUCUGUGUUUUGAUGAUCGCUAUCCCAGUUUUAUUCUACCUUAAUGGCCCUAAGUUGCGUGCCAGAUCGAAGUAUUCAGGCUUUUAA